AUGGGAGGUGGAGGGGGGAGGGAGGCGCGCUUCCGGGGGGUGAGGAAACGGCCGUGGGGGCGGUUCGCGGCGGAGAUCCGGGACCCCUGGAAGAAGACGCGCAAGUGGCUGGGGACCUUCGACACGGCGGAGGAGGCGGCGCGGGCGUACGACGAGGCCGCGCGCAGCCUUCGCGGGCCCAAGGCCAAGACCAACUUCUGCCGCCCCGGGGACCUCGGGAUCCCGCCCUCGGCGGGGGCGCCGCCGAUGGAUCUGUCCCUGGGAUACCCUUUCGAAGUUGGGUCGAUGGGGAGGAAGGCGGAGGAGGCGGCGAAGGCCGGGAAGCAGAAGCCACCUUUCUCGUUCGAUCUUAAUCUCCCCGCUGCUUUCUUCUGA